AUGGUAGCUCCCUGGUCGAAAGGAGUUCCACUAGCCGUGCUAGGUGCACUUGUCGCAUCUACAUUCGUGCAUGGUCACGAGAAGAGAGAUCCGAGCUUUGACGUGUUGGACUAUGUUGAUCCCUUUAUCGGCACGUCAAAUGGCGGCCAUUCCUUCGCCGGAGCGACUCUGCCCUUUGGCAUGGCCAAAGCAGUAGCAGACACGCAAGGCGAGAAUCAAGCUGGCUUCGCAUAUGACACCCAGGUCGUGACUGGCUUCAGUCAUAUGCACGACAGCGGAACUGGAGGAUCCCCAUCCUUGGGCAAUUUCCCCCUGUUUGCUCAUGCGAGCUGUCCGGGGGAUGACCUCAAUCAAUGCAAGUGGCAGCAGCCUGAUCGAGCGGUUGCGUGGGUGCCAAACUCCCCCAAAGCUCGUCCGGGGUAUUUUAGCAUCGCUUUGGGGAAUGGUGUAAAUGCCGAGAUGACGGUGACGAACCGGUCAGCUUUGUAUCGGUUCAAAUUCAGCGGCGCCGCCGGACCACUCAGCCCGGUGAUUCUAGUCGAUUUGAUAGAUCUGCCCUUGUCCCGCACGAACGGAACCGCUUCGGUGGACCCAUCGACAGGGCGAUUGACCGGUAACGGCACUUUCAAUCCGAGCUUUGGGAUAGGCAGCUACGAUCUUCACUUCUGCGCUGAUUUCAAGGGCGCCGAACUCCGUGACACGGGUGUGUGGAUGAAGACCCGGGCGGGUACGAACCAAACGACAGUCUCGGUGACUCCGGAUGGGACAAACAGUGCCUCGACACUUUCUGCUGGGACCUUUGCACGCUUCCAUGCUCCGGCUGACAAUACACUUCUGGCCAGGGUCGGGGUGAGCUUCAUCAGCGUGGAACAAGCAUGUUCCAAUGCGGAAAGAGAGCAGCCGGACUUUGACUUCGACGGCACGGUCGACGCAGAGGGUGUGUCUGCCGAUCUUCAGAAAGUGUUUUGGAGCGGAGUGUACCGUACCAUGAUCAGUCCCCAGGAUUACACAGGCGAGAAUCCGCUGUGGCAGAGUGAGGAGCCGUACUAUGACAGCUACUAUUGCAUCUGGGACUCGUAUCGCGGGGUGCAUCAGUUGCUCACACUGCUAGACCCUCUGUCGCAGUCACGGAUGAUCCGAAGUCUGGUAGAUAUUUACCGCCACGAGGGAUAUCUCCCUGAUUGCCGCAUGUCACUGUGCAAGGGAUUCACCCAGGGAGGCUCCAACGCCGACGUACUCAUCGCUGACGCAUACCUGAAGAACGUCAGCGAUGUGGACUGGGUUACUGCCUACGAAGCCGUGGUCAAGGAUGCAGAAGUCGAGCCAUCCAACUGGAAUGUGGAAGGCCGAGGAGGACUCAACAGCUGGAAGACACUUGGGUAUAUUCCGACCGACGACUAUGAUCCGUAUGGGAUUGGCACGCAUACGCGCAGUGUCUCGCGGACGGUGGAGUACGCGUACAAUGACUUUUGCAUUGCGGAGCUGGCCAAGCGGCUGGGCCACGACGCCGACUAUGAAAAGUACAUUCAACGCUCGACAAACUGGCAGAACAUGUUCAAGGUGGAUCAGAGGUCGUACAUCAACGGGGUGGACACCGGCUUUAGCGGGUUUCUACAGCCGCGAUACCUGAACGGAACAUGGGGAUUCCAGGAUCCAAUCUUUUGCAGUCCGCUGUACAACUUUACCUCGUGCUACCUCAAUCCGGCUGGCCACGAGACCUACGAGGGGAGCUGCUGGCUCUACACAUUCUACGUACCGCAAGAUAUGGCCGCCCUCAUCACCCGUCUCGGCGGUCCAGAGACAUUCACAUCGCGACUAUCCUAUCUGCAUGACUCGGGGAUUCUCUACGUUGGAGACGAACAAGCUUUCCUGCCAGUUUUCCAAUUCCACUACUCCGGCCGGCCAGCGCUCUCCGCCUCGAGAGCACACUUCUACAUCCCAUCCCAGUUCAACGCAACCAUCCCAGGAAUCCCAGGGAACGACGACGGCGGCGCCAUGGGCGCAUUCGCCGUGCUGAGCAUGCUGGGUCUCUUCCCGGUGCACGGGCAGGACGUCUACCUCAUCACCCCACCAUUCUUCAAGGAGGUCAGCAUUCGCAACCGAAUGACAGGUAAAGUGGCAACCGUGCGAAACACCAAUUUCGACCCUAGCUACAAGGCGAUAUACAUCCAGAGUGCGAAACGCGAUGGGAAACCAUGGACGAAGAACUGGAUCUCGCAUGAUUUUUUUGUGGAAGGGGGCGUUCUGGAACUUGAGCUGGGGGCGAGCGAGAGUGCAUGGGGACGCGGUAUGAGUGGCUACGGGGUGUAG